GCGCACGGCGCUCUGCAGCCCCCCGCUCACGCUGUGCAGGAUCCCCGGAUUUUGGCGUAUCAGACGCCGCUGUUUGCGGCUCAACAGCUGCAGACUGGGCUCGAGUACCAGUUGCAGACUCUUGGAGUCCGUCAGCAGGAUGCCUUCUUACUGAGAAAUUUCCCCAGGCCUGAACCUUAACAGUCUCAAGUCCCAGAAAUGACGAGGCUUCCCUUCCAAGGCAGGAAAAUCACUCUAAGGAAUAAAUGCCAGAUGGAGUUUUGCUCUUAUUGUCUAGGCUGGAGUGCAGUAGCAUAAUCUUGGCUCACCGCAACCUCCAUCUCCUGAGUUCAGGCAAUUCUCCUGCCUCAGCCUCCUGAGUAGCUGGGAUUAUAGGUGCAUACCAUCAUGUCCAGCUAAUUUUGUAUUUUUAGUAGAGAUGGGGUUUCUCCACAUUGGUCAGGUUGGUCUCAAACUCCUGACCUCAGGUGAUCCACCCAUCUCGGCCUCCCAAAGUGCUGGGAAAACAGAAGUCUGAUUAGUUCAAUUCUCUGCUCAGAAUUUUCCAAUGAGUCCCCAUCUCACUCAAAGUAAAGGGGCCUUCCUUCCUGAGCUUCACUGACUACCACACUCUCCAUUGUGAAUUCCUCCCCACCAGCCCCACUGGCCUCUUUGCUAAUCCUUUGAACCAAGCAUACUCCUUUCUAAGGGUCUGUGCACCUGCUUUUCUGUCUUCUAAAAUGCCCUUCCUCAGAUCUCUCCAUGUAUUUGUUCCCUCACUGAGUUUUUCCUCUCCCUUCGUAAAAUGGAAUCCCACUACUAAUGUCCUUUACCCUGCUUCAUUUUCCUCUGUAUCAGUUUUGACCAUGGAUAACUUUAAAGGCUUGAAGUUGAAAAUCGGUAGCAAUCUACCCCCUGGAAUCGGGUAGAGAUGAGAUCUUAGAAGGGAGAGGGGCUUUGCCUUGACUUUGGGAUCUGGGGAGGAAGCAGGGGACCAGGGAGAGUUUGUGGGCAGAGGAGCCUACCCUCCUUUGAAGCACCCGUGGGCAACACUGCCCCUUGGUCUGGAAAGGCACAGCCCAUCCAUUAGGCCUGAGUAGAGAAGGGGGCAAAAUUCUAACGUAAUCCCACGGGUUUGUUGGGGUGAACUGCUGAAAGUGGGGUCUUCCUGAAAGUCCAGUAUCAGCCUGUGGGCCCUUUGGUGCCUCCAGGUGGUGGCCUACAGUGCUGCAGCAGAAGGCGCAUGAGGCAGAGGGUGGGCAGCGCAGCUGAGCUCACCGCCACGGGCGCAUCCAUCCCUCCUGGGCCUAUAAUUUGGGUUCCCCAGGCCUGGCCACCCCUAUCAGCGGCUCAGCAACAGAUGAGUCACCCGGGACCCCGGGCCAAGGCAAACAUGGGGGGAGGAGGAGGAGAAAGCUUCCGAGGCUUUAGCCACCACCGCCUCAGUUGCUCGACAUCCCCCAAUCUCCAGGGGCCCCCACUCUUUCUUUGACUCCCGCCCUCCAGGGCCCCAGUGUUCUUCCCACAUUGCUCUCAUUACACCCUCCAUCCCUAGGAUGGGAAGGGCAGCCCUCCAGUCUUCUCAUCUAGGGGAAGGGACACCAGUUUGCUCUAGUCCCUCCCUGCAGUGAUGAAAGCCCCCCACUUUCCCCCUCCUGUCAUUGGCCCCAACCCAUGUCAAGGUCUCUCUGGUUCCCGUCCCUCCCCUUUCCUGGAGCUGGCUGCGUGCUUGGGGUAUUAGGCAAUGGGUGUGCACCCGCAGCCCUCUCCAGGCCCCGCCUGUCCCACCGCCCUCUAGCUGCCUGCGGGUCAGUGCUCAGGCCAGCCGGUCGGGUUGAGGGCACUGUGGGCCAGCUCAGGCCACCCAGUCUGCCGGCCUGUGGCCUCCUGUCCCAGAUAUGGGCUUCAGUAGAGAGAAGGAGCAGGACUCUGGGUCUUUGGAUUUGGAACAGUCCCACUUGGGGAGACCUGGGGUCACUAGGGAGUUGAAACCUAUUGUGGUAGUUCUGUCCCUCAACCCUUCUUGGCACCUGACUGCAUGCUGGAGACUGGCAAGGGUAGAAUCAGAAGGCAAAAAAUAAUCCCAAACCUAAGGGGGAACCCAGCGACGCAUGGAGAAAUACAGAUGUCCAUGAGGUCCCCAUGGAGAAGAGAGGCUUAGGCAACCUCAUUCCCCUAUUCCAAGGACCUGGCAGGAAUCCCAGGCUGACUGCAGGAGAAAGGAUAAGGACACUGGCAGAUCACGAACCCAGGUGUAAGAAUGAAAACUGAGAUGGGGCUUGCAGAUUCUGGUGACCUCGAAAACCACACGUGGUUUGGCUCUUGUGCUCUAAAUGGGAAGAAGGGUCAGGAACUCUAGGGCUCCCUCUUCCCCAUCCCAGAGGUGGGGAAUCAGAGAAAAGCAGCCUGAUCCAGGCUGUCCUGUGUCAGGGACCAUGGCACUUUCACCUCCCCAGACUGCUCACAGCCUGGCACAAAAUGAUCUGUAAAUAUCCCAACAGAUACAAGUCGCUUGACCUCCUGUCUCAGAUUGCUGUGCCCGCUAUCCAACAGUGACCCCUGCAGCAUGGGCAGGACCUCCAGCAGCACAGGCUGGAGGCUGACUGCCCAGCAGAGCUGCACCACCACCAUCAAGGAAGAGGUGACUGUGGUUGUGGGUAUCAUCCCUGUGCCUCUGCUUGCUGGGGGGCAGUCUGAGUCAAUGUGCCUGGGGCAUGUGGGGCCAGCCAUGCCUUGGGCUGCGGUCUGGCAGGGGCGGGGGGCGGCUGGAAAGCCUGGGGCCCCUCUCUGGCAAAAAUAGCCCACAGUGGUUACAGCUUCGAGGGUGAGUCAGGCGGGAGCGCAGUGGCGCCUAACCCCUUCGCUGCCACUGGAUCUCCCUAAGGCGGUUUGCCUUUGCCUGUGCACCCCAAGACAAGGCUCUUUUCCGACUGCCCUUGGACUUGGCUCAAUUUUGGAUCCCAAGGCCUUCCUCAUCCCAUCAGAAGGAAGUCUGCAGCUUGGAGCAGGAAUCCAGGCCACCCAAAGUGCAGACUGGGGAAUCCCGAGAAGGGUAGGAGACCUCUAUUGGUAAGCAUCCCUGCCAGCAAGGAAGCAUCAGGGCAGGCUGAGGAUCUCUGGGGCUACCUGAACCUCCACCAGAGCCAAACUGAGGUGAAAGCUGACCCCUCCAAAGGGGCAGGCACGGGGCUUGGAGGUGGGUGGGAACCAAGCUGCCCAGACCUGCACUUCUCCUGACUGCUCUGAGUGCCCUGGAUGUGGGCACCACAUGUGACUGUCCCACACUGAGAAGCCCAAAGACUGUCCGGCUCCCAUCUUCAUCUUGUCAAAGGCACCUUCCAGCCACCCUUAUCUCAGUGGAGAAAAUGAUGCAAAAAGAAGUAUUGAAAGAUGUGGCCACUUGGGCCCCAUUCUGGCUCUCUAGGAAGGUUACUACACCCUCCCUGCAGCUUUGGUGACCCCAGAGCAGGUAAGAGGAACUCUGGCCACCUCCUUCUUCAGUGGGGCCAAGCCUGAACCCAGGCAUUGGGCGAGAAGGUGUGUGUGUGUGUGUGUGUAAACGCUGGGAGGAGGGGGAGCGGCUUCGUUCGCCUGGUCAAGGCGGGGAGUGCAGGAUAGGGUGGGGAAGCCCCAGGCUCAGGGAGGGGCUGCAGCUCCGUCAGCCCAGCAGAGCCAUCGAGGGCUUGGCGCAGGCAGAGCCAGAGCCCCCGUCCUUUGCUUGCCGGCUUGCUAGCUCUCUCGAGCACUCCUUCCCUUCCUCCCUCCCUUCCUCCCCACGGCCAAGCGGCGCUGGGGAAGCGGUGAAGAGGAGUGGCCCGGCCCUGGAAGAAUGCAGCUCUGCCAAGGCGACGGAACCCAGUGCAGUCUCCCCACGGUUUAAGCAGGACUAGUGAAGCUUAGGCAACCCAGCCGUGCCUGUCUCGGACCUCGCACCCAAACCACUGGAGGUCCUGAUCGAUCUGCCCACCGGAGCCUCCGGGCUUCGACAUGCUGGAGGAGCCCCGGCCGCGGCCUCCGCCCUCGGGCUUCGCGGGUCUCCUGUUCCUGGCGUUGUGCAGUCGGGCUCUCAGCAAUGAGAUUCUGGGCCUGAAGUUGCCUGGCGAGCCGCCGCUGACACCCAACACCGUGUGCCUGACGCUGUCCGGCCUGAGCAAGCGGCAGCUAGGCCUGUGCCUGCGCAACCCCGACGUGACGGCGUCCGCGCUUCAGGGUCUCCACAUCGCGGUCCACGAGUGUCAGCACCAGCUGCGUGACCAGCGCUGGAACUGCUCAGCGCUCGAGGGCGGCGGCCGUCUGCCGCACCACAGCGCCAUCCUCAAGCGCGGUUUCCGAGAAAGUGCUUUUUCCUUCUCCAUGCUGGCUGCUGGCAUCAUGCAUGCAGUAGCCACAGCCUGCAGCCUGGGCAAGCUGGUGAGCUGCGGCUGUGGCUUGAAGGGCAGUGGUGAGCAGGAUCGGCUGAGGGCCAAACUGCUGCAGCUGCAGACACUGUCUCGAGGCAAGAGUUUCCCCCACUCUCUGCCCAGCCCUGGCCCUGGCUCAGGCCCCAGUCCUGGCCCCCAGGACACAUGGGAAUGGGGUGGCUGUAACCAUGACAUGGACUUUGGAGAGAAGUUCUCUCGGGAUUUCUUGGAUUCCAGGGAAGCUCCCCGGGACAUCCAGGCACGAAUGAGAAUCCACAACAACAGGGUAGGGCGCCAGGUGGUAACUGAAAACCUGAAGCGGAAAUGCAAAUGCCAUGGCACUUCAGGCAGCUGCCAGUUCAAGACAUGCUGGAGGGCGGCCCCAGAGUUCCGGGCAGUGGGGGCGGCGUUGAGGGAACGGCUGGGCCGGGCCAUCUUCAUCGAUACCCACAACCGCAAUUCUGGAGCCUUCCAACCCCGUCUGCGUCCCCGUCGCCUCUCAGGAGAGCUGGUCUACUUUGAGAAGUCUCCUGACUUCUGUGAGCGAGACCCCACUAUGGGCUCCCCAGGGACAAGGGGCCGGGCCUGCAAUAAGACCAGCCGCCUGUUGGAUGGCUGUGGCAGCCUGUGCUGUGGCCGUGGGCACAACGUGCUCAGGCAGACACGAGUUGAGCGCUGCCAUUGCCGCUUCCACUGGUGCUGCUAUGUGCUGUGUGAUGAGUGCAAGGUCACAGAGUGGGUCAAUGUGUGUAAGUGAGGGUCAGCCUCACCUUGGGGGCAGGGGAGGGGACUGUGUGAGAGGGGUGCCUUUUCAGCCCUUUGCUCUGAUUUCCUUUCAAGGCCAAUCUUGGUCCCUGGAAGCUCAAAGUGUCUACCUGGAAACAGCUUUAGGGGUGGUGGGAGUCAGGUGUACUAUGGGAUAUGAAGCCUUCUCUCCAACAAUUGGAGGGUCUUGGGGGAAAGCUGCCACUCCUCUUCUGCUCCUUAGAUACCUGAAUGGACUAAGAUGAAAUGCACUGUAUUGCUCCUCCCACUUCUCAGCUCCGGAGCUCCUUUAACCCUGAUUCAUACUCCUUUUGGCUAGGGAGUCCCUAUAGUUUCACCACUCCUCUCCCUUGAGGGAUAACCGCAGGCAGUGUUUGGAGCCAUAAGAUCUGUAUCUAGAAAGAAUCACCCACUUCUGUGUACUAUCCCCAAACUCCUCUACUGCAGCCUGGGCUCCCUCUUGUGGGAAAAUGGGAGACAGUGGUAGGGAGGUUUUUUCCUGGGAAAGGGACAGAGUGCUGAGGGGCACUCUCCCCUCAAUCCUCAUAGAGUUGUCUGUCCAGACCCUUAGGGAAGUUGUCUCCUUCCAUUCAGCAGUUCAAGAGGACCCUCCAAAAGAAGGGUUUCCCCAUGACUCUUGGAGCCUCUUUUUCCUUCUUCAGCAGGAAGGGUGGGAAUGGAUAAUUUAUUGUACUGAGACUUGUUCUUGGUUUCUGUUUGAAACGAAAAUAAAUUAAGUUACUGGA